AACUUCCGGUAACACCCCUCUUCCUCUUCCAGACAUCACAGCGUGACCGACGUUUCGUGUCUAUUUAGACUUAAAAAUGCGUUACGUGGCCGCUUACCUCCUCGCUGUGCUCGGUGGAAACACCAGCCCCUCUUCAAAAGACAUCAAGGACAUCUUGGGCAGCGUGGGAAUUGAGGCCGAUGACGAACGUUUGAACAAAGUCAUAAGCGAGCUGAAUGGGAAGGACAUCAAUGAAGUCAUGAACUCGGGCCUCUCCAAAUUAGCCUCCGUACCAGCAGGUGGGGCUGUAGCAGCGCCCGCUGCUGCCGCCGGGGCGACUGGAGCCGUGGCUGCGCCUGCUGCUGCGGAAGAGAAAAAAGAAGAGAAGAAAGAGGAAUCAGAAGAGUCAGACGAAGACAUGGGCUUCGGACUGUUCGAUUGAUCUGCCUUCUCUGUAUUCAAAAUGCAAUAAAAACAGAAAAUGGUUCACACAAUUAUGUUCUUUUGUUCUUUAAUUGGUUUAAAACUUGUCUGCUCUGAUCGUGACAGUGAUGAAUUUGAAGUGAACAAAUACUUGCAGUG